UGAGCUGUACCAAAGAUGGGCGACGAUAGACCCUUCGUGUGCAGUGCCCCAGGCUGUGGACAGGUGGGGACGCGAGCGGUGACUCCCCCAAGGUCACACCACAGAGCUGGGAAUGCUGCUGGGGACCUGAGGAUGAUUCCACCCUGCUCUGGGAGCUACCUCCGGGGGCCGGGGAGGAGAUUCCCAAGGGAUAGCUGCGGACCCGGCGGCUGCAGGAGUCGCUGACGCUUCCCAGCUCCACCUCCGCUAAUCGCCCCCGGGAGCCUCUCUCCUCUUUUCGGCAGCGAGGUUCACCAACGAGGACCACCUGGCAGUGCACAGGCACAAGCAUGAGAUGACCUUGAAAUUCGGCCCCGCCCGCACCGACUCCGUCAUCAUCGCAGACCAGACCCCGACCCCAACGAGGUUCCUGAAGAACUGUGAAGAAGUAGGACUCUUCAACGAGCUGGCCAGCUCCUUCGAGCACGAGUUCAAGAAAGCUGCUGAGGAUGAGGAGAAAAAGGAUGCUGCAGCCCUGGACAUGUCCCUGCCCUCCACCCCAGACGUCAAGAUCAAGGAGGAGGAGACAGUGGAGGUGGAUUCGUCCCCCCCAGACAGCCCAGAGUCCCCCCCGAGGUCACCACAGCCCAAGGAGAAGGAGGUCCCCUCCAAGGCUGUCAUCAUCUCCACGCCCACCCCGACCAUUGUGCGCCCUGGGUCCCUGCCCCUGCACCUGGCCUACGACCCCCUGCAGCCCACCCUGCCCUCCCCCACCUCUGUCAUCACCCAGGCCCCCCCUGCCAACAGGCAGCUGGGGUCUCCCACAGGCUCCCUGCCCCUGGUGGUGCAGCUGGCAAACGGGCAGGGCAUGCCCGUGCUCCCCGCCCCCCCCCUGCAGAUGCCCUCAGUCAUCUCGCUGGCACGGCCCAUGCCCAUGGUGCCCAACAUUCCUGGCAUUCCUGGGCCUCCCAGCAGCAGCAGUGGAUCCAUCUCCCCGUCAGGACUCCCAGUGCACUCCGAAGCCAAGCUGAGGCUGAAGGCCAGCUUGACAGCAUCAUCCUCACUGAAUGGCAGCAACCUGGUGGUGGGCACAGCCAGCACCAUGGUGACAGCGAGGCCAGAGCAGAGCCAGAGCCAGAUCCUGGUCCAGCAUCCUGAUGCCCCUUCCCCAGCUCAGCCACAGGUGUCCCCUGCCCAGCCCACGCCCAGCACGGGCGGGCGCCGGCGGCGGGCACCGGACGAGGACCCUGACGAGCGGCGGCAGCGGUUCCUGGAGCGCAACAGGGCAGCAGCCUCCCGCUGCCGGCAGAAGCGCAAGCUCUGGGUCUCCUCCCUGGAGAAGAAGGCUGAGGAGCUCACCAGCCAGAACAUCCAGCUCAGUAACGAGGUCACCCUGCUGAGGAAUGAGGUUGCCCAACUGAAGCAGCUGCUGCUGGCUCACAAGGACUGUCCUGUGACUGCACUACAGAAGAAGACCCAGAGCUACCUGGCAGAAAGCCCCAAGGAGAGCUCGGAGCCCACAGGCUCCCCUGCUGCCGUCAUCCAGCACAGCUCGGUGCCAGGCUCGGUGCCAGGCUCGGUGCCAGGCUCUGCCAAUGGGCUCAGCGUCCGCUCUGCCGCCGAGGCCGUGGCCACCUCGGUGCUGGCACAGAUGGCAACCCAAAGGACAGAACUGGGCCUGCCCUCCCACGUCAUCAUGGCCCCACAGUCGCAGUCUGCUGGCAGAUGAUGGCACAGCCCCAGCGGGUGGCACAGGGACCCAGCAGUAACCAACGUCCCCGGGGGGGCCACCAGGAUUUCUAUUGCUUCUUUUGUUUUGGGGGGAG